AUGCCGCACGGCUUCGACAGACUCCUCCACCCCGAACCAGAGCCAGAAUCACCCCCUCCACCACCCAGACGACCAUCUACCCAAUCCCGAUACCAUCUACACAUCCGACAACAGCCCAUCGCGGCACGAGCCUGCGGCGCAGGCGACAGAGACCGUCGCCCCGUUGACCCACCCCCAAUCGUGCAGAUCCUCCUCACCGACUUCGACUCCAACUCACCAGAAGACCGAGAUCUCCUCCAAGACCCCCGCUUCACGGUGGGCUGUCUACUGUUCCCCGUCUCGCCCUCUUUACCAUGGGCCGAACCAACAGACACACAUGCGCGCGAGCGCGAGCAGGACCAAGAUCAAGACCGGGACCGAAAUUGCGAUAGAGAAAGAGAAACAGACGGCAUCGCCCGCACAGACGAUAACUUCUCAACCCCAUUACUAUCCGGCAAAGCCUUCAUGUCCCCCUUCUACGUCGACGCCGACCCAGACCCCAACUCCGCUCCCGCACAUCCAUCCUCCGUAACUGAUCCCAAUCUCUCCAACCCCCCGUACAACGUCUACAACCACGCCGCCUCGCGCCUCCACCAACCAGCUACCUUUUUUCAUCUUUGCGGAUCUUUCGAUCCGCUCGGCGGGCUUAUAUAG